CAAAUCCGAUUCCAGCAAGUUGCAGGUUCCAGGUUCCAGUUUCCAGCCUUCCAGGUUCCCGUACCCCGCACAGUCACAGCCACACGAUGUCGCUGCAAACGAAAAGGCAGCACUGCUACUUGUGCGACCUGCCCCGCAUGCCCUGGGCGAUGAUCAACGACUUCUCGGAGGCAGUGUGCCGCGGCUGCGUCAAUUACGAGGGCGCCGAUCGCAUCGAGGCGGUGCUGGACGCCGCCCGCCAAAUGAAGCGUCUCCAUCCCGCCAGCAAACAGCAGCGUUCGCACGAGAACGGCGAAGUCUCCGCUGCCGCCGCCGCAGCGGCCGUCCUCCAGCAGCAGCAGCAGCAGCAACAACAGUUACAAGUGGGCCCCGUUCCGGGACCAGGACCCGGUUCCCAUCGCAGUGGCGGGGGCGGCGGGGGUAAUCCCCCCGGAGGCGGCGGUCCAGGACCAUCGGUCACUGGCGGACCGCUCGGCUCGCUGGGCAACGCGGUGGCCGUCGCUGCCGCCGCCGCCGCUGCCGUUCAUCACCACCAUCCGAUGCCCUACCAAAUGCCCGUGCCGCGCAUCGGUCCGCCCCUCGACUAUCCCGUCAAGCUGGAGGACGCACCCGGCGGCGGCGUGCGACCCGUUCGCAUCUCCCACAUGACGCCCCAUCACCUGCCGCCGAAUGCAACGCGCGGCGGCGGAGGCGGAGGCGGCGGACCUGGAAGCGGCGUGCCCACGGCGGGCAGCGGUGGUCCGGGCAGCAAUCUACCGCCCGCCCUGUCCGUCAACCUUAAGCGACCGCCCAGCGAGGACGUCGACGUGGAUGUCAGCCAGCAGCAGCAGCAGCAACAGCAGUCGGCCCAUGGCCUGCCGCCAGAUGGCGCUGGCGCCUCGGCCGUUGUGGGCGGCGGCGGCGGUGGGCCGCCCGGCAUCAAGCGCAGCGCCAUGGACGAUCCAACGGGCGGAGGCGGCCGACCGCCGUUGACGCGAGGCGAAUCCCUGCCCGCAGCGGUCAGCUAUGUGCCCGAGCGGCAGCUGAGCGGUCUGAGGGAUAAACAACAGCCCGUGAGAGCGCCCAGUUUUGAUGCCUCGACCUUCAAAGCAGAGCACAUGUCCCCGGCCAGUCGACGCAAUGGAUCGAGCCCGCCCUCGGGACCGCUGCCCCCGCGCAGCGUACACUCGCCGAACAGCUCGGGUUCCUCGUCGGGACGUCGUUCAUCCGGAUCCCGUCACGUGUCCAGCACCACCGUCACCAGCUCCGAGGUGGGCGGCUCGAAUCCGGGCCAGGCGGUGGUGGCCGGCGGCCUUGGAGGCGGUGGUGGAGGAGGACCCGGCUCCAAUGCCGCCAGCGGACCCCUGAGCGGGCCGAACGGCGGCAGUGGACAGCUAAGCUGCAGCAGCGGCGGACCGGGCGGCAGCGCCAGCUCCGGAGGCAAUGGAGCCUUAGGUCCCGCCUCGAUGGCACCCAAUUCGGUGGCCGGCGAUGGGAGUCCAGCAGGCGGCAGCGGACCAUCCGGCAGCAAUGGCAGCGGCGGAGCCGUGAAUCCCGGUCCCGGCAGCAGUGGCAGUCAAGGCGGCGGAGGCGGCACACCGCUGGCCAGCGGCGGCGGAUCGGCGGGCAGCGGCGGUCUAGGCGGAGCUCCUGGCAGCAGUGCCGCCUCGAAUUCGGCAGCGGCAGCAGCUGCGGCGGCUGCCCAGAAUGCCACGCUCAAGUGCACCCUGUGCCAGGAGCGUUUGGAGGACACGCACUUCGUGCAAUGCCCCUCCGUGAACCACCACAAGUUCUGCUUUCCCUGCAGUCGCGAGAGCAUCAAACGACAGAAUGGCCUGGGCAACGAGGUGUACUGUCCCAGCGGCGAUCGCUGUCCGCUAGCCAACUCGGUGAUUCCGUGGGCCUUCAUGCAGGGCGAGAUCACCACCAUUCUGGGCGAGGAGGUCAAGGUGAAGAAGGAGCGCGAGUCUUAAUGUCCAUUUUACUGUAAGAAGCUGCGCAGGGCUUUGGAGCGUUUUUGAGAGGCGAAAGGCGAAAACUCCCCGGAUAAUAUAAUAUAAUAUAAUAUCUGGCAUCCAACGCUCGACACUACUCUCUGUUGAGUCACUGGAGCAACGGAUUUUUUUUGGCCACGGCGGCGGCAUCUUAGCAGCAGCAGACAUGAAUAUAACAAUGCUCUGUCUUUUGUCCAUGACGACCGACCAAACAACAACAACAGCAACAGCAAGAGAAAACCACAAUUUUGUAGGCGUAAGCAACAAAAACAAACUAAAUAUGAAAUCACUUAAAUGAAAAAUGCAAUUUGUUACCAGCAAAAAGAGUUUAACACCAAAACGCUCGCAAAUGAGAGAUGAAAAUGUAAGCGAAAGCGUUGAAACACAUUUUUGUAGUUGGAGAAUUUGUCCAAAAACACCAACCAACCAACACGAAACUUCUACAAAAAUUGCAUACGUAGCCAAGUGAGAAAGUGAAAGAUUUUCGAACCGAAAAAGAGGGAGAAACUUGAAAUAUUUCUUAAUAACAAAAGCAGUAAACUAAAAUCAACCUAAUUGUAGAAUGCAGAAGCAAGCGGCAGAUCACAAAGGAAUAUACACUUGCUGGCAUUAGAUAUAAAAUCCUUUUUUUUAAUACGAUUAUACAUAAAAACCUAUAUAUUAUACGAUAAAUAUUAAUUCUGUUAUGUAGGCGAGCGAUUAUUUCAUAAGUUACAUUUAGUUUGUACUAAUUAAUUAAUUUAUUUCUAUACAUGUUGCCUAAUUUACAAUCUACAUUUUACCCUCCUUCCCUCACAUUUUUACGUCUUACGUUUUUUUUUUAAAUAUUAUUUUUAUUUUUAUAAAUACCUUUUAUUCUUUUUUUUUUUUUGUAAUUUUAACUAAUUUAAAAGAACUUAAUGAAAAAAGCGAAUGGAAAAGAAAGAGAGAAAAACAGUUAUUAUGCUAAAGAAUUGUACAUACGUAUGCAUACCACAUAAUCGGAAUAUAAAUAUAUACAUAUAUUUAAUAAUAUAGAAAUAUAUUUGAUGUUGAACACAAAAUUGGCGGCAAAAAAAGAAACUGGCCACUGGCAACACUCCAAAAAAACUCGGAGUUGCAGUGGAAUUUUAAACAGACUUUUAAACCACAGCGAAUCCCAUUCGCUCACUGAAAAUUUUAGCAAUAUUUUUUGUGUUUUUGAACGAGGGAGCACAAGCUCAUAGUCAAAUGGGCGACACUCCGCUUGGGUAUCAGAUUGGCAAAUGUUUUUUAGCUAUAUAUAUUUAGGGUGCAUAUAUAGCCGAUGUCGCUGGGCAAGAACUGCUGAAAGGCUGAAACAAAAACAUGAAACACACACCGGACCAACCAAUCGACAAAAAAGCACAACAAAUCUCGAUAUCGGUUUGAAAAUUUGCCAGCAAUACAUCUUUUUGCAAGCGUCCAAAAUCGACGCGAUUUGGGACUGCCAAUUGUCCUUUUUGCAGUUCCCAACUCAAAACUAAUUUAUAAAUACGGUCUCCCAAAGGGUUUUUACUAGGCACGAAAGGAAAUCCGAAUGGAGGGCGAGUAUUAAAAUAAAGGGGGAUUAAGUCAAGCGAAUCAGUCAUCAAAUACAAUUUAUGUAUGCAAAAAAAAGGAAAAUACAACACAUAUAUUCAAAUAGAGGCACAUUGAGCCAGGCGUAAAUCUUGCUAUUUACUUGGACGUUUAAAAGUUCGAUAAAUGAAUCUCGUAGAUUUUAUUUAAAUCUAUUCAACGUAAUUAUUUCAUUGGUUGUAGUUCCCAAACAUAUUCCUUACCAUUCAGUAGAACAAUUAAAUCUGUAUUUGCUUUUAAAGAAUUCGAUUUUCUGAUCAGAAAACAAUUGGUAAAUGCUAUCGAUAGCAAAAUUUUCGAUUGGCGAUAAUCGAUGGCACAAAGAUUGCACAAAAACGAAAGAAGCGGGAAAGUAAGUGAAAACGUGAAC